AUGACGUAUCGAUCAUUUAUACUAAAAUAUUUAGUGCCGUUCUGUCUAAAAAUAAUGAAUUCGGCCGUUGUGACCGGACUUUAUUAUGGAUUUUUGACCACAUUCUGCAUAGGGCCCUCUUAUCUCUUCAUUAUUCGAGCCCGGGUUAGGAACGAAGGGACCGAGAUGGUAGUAUCAGCAACAACCGGGUUUAUUACGGGAUACCUCAUUAUGUUUAUAUCAAUCUAUUAUGCGCCUUUGCAUUUAGCAUUGAAUAGACCUCAUACAAUAACUGUCCUAAUUCUACCAUAUAUUUUCUUUCAUUUCGUAGAGAAAAAUAAUAAAUACUUCUAUUCGGAUCCCAGAUACGAUAAUGCAAAUUCAAUACAUAAAUUCAAUAUUGUUAAAGAAUUCUUUACCAAUUUUUUGUUUCAGUUAAUAAACCCUCUUCUUUUCCAAAGUUCAAUUUUAAUAAGAUUACUGCAGAUUUGUCUCUUUCGGUCCAACAAUAAAUUGUUAUUCUUAACAAGUAGUUUUGUUGGUUGGUUAAUUGGUCACAUAUUUUUGAUGAAAUUAAUGGGAUUCCCAAUAGUCUGGUUCCAGCAAAAAGGUUCGAUCAAAUCUAAGCUAACUAAGCUAAUUAUGGGAUUUGAUAAAUACAUUCUCUUACAAUUGCGAUAUUAUGGGGGUCAAAUAUUUGUAGUUUUUGUCUUUGUUAUCUUUCUUCACUAUUUAGGCAGAAUACCGGCUCCUUAUUUUUAUCGUAAUACUACUGGUACUGCGAAAAUCGCAGAACAAGACGAUGAGGAUCAGGAUGAGGAUCAGGAUGAGGAUCAGGAUGAGGAUAUGGAUAUGGAUGCUAAAAGCGAAAUCGAUGUUCAAAGAAAAGCAAAAGCAGAAAAUAUUUUUAGUUAUCUUUUUUCGGAAAAAGAUAAAAUUUUUGACAACAUUAAGGAAUCGGAUCAAAACUUGCAAUUGGGAAAACCCAUUGUAACUACUCUUUUCGAUUAUCAACGAUGGAUUCGGCCAUUGCGAUAUAUAAAAAAUUUGCACUUUGAAAACGUUGUAAGAGAUGAAAAUUCACAAUUUUUUUUUCAUAUAUGUAAAAGUGAUGGAAAAGAACGAAUCUCUUUCACGUAUCCACCUAGUUUAUCUAUUUUUCAGAAAAUGAUGGAAAAAAAAAUGAAUCUCUUCACAAAAGAUAAAAUCUCCAAUAAUGAUAAUGAUAAUGAUAAUGAAUUGUCUAAUUUUUGGAGCUACAAUCAUAAUGAAAAAAAAAAGAAACUAAUCAAUGAAUUUUUUAAAAGGGCCCAAUUUCUAGAUAAGAACUAUAAGAAUUUGAGUCCUCCGGAUGUAUUUGCAAACUCAGUUAGAUUGUGUAAUGAUGACAUGGAAAAUAAAUAUUUAACUAAAAUAUAUGAUCCUUUUUUGAAUGGACGUUUUCGCGGAGAAAUCAAAAAAAACUUUUCACCACCAGAAAGAAAUUCCAUUUUCGUAAAUAAGAUUCACGGUCUCCUUCUUUCUAGUAAUACUAAUGAUCCAGAAUUGGAACAGAAAAUUGAUCCAGAAUUGGAACAGAAAAUUGAUCCAGAAUUGGAACAGAAAAUAGAUCGAUUUGAUAGAAAAUUUUUAUUCAAUGAAUUUGGUUUUUUUUUUAAUGUAAUCAAUAAAUUUUCAGAAAAACCAGUAUCAAGUUUAAAUUUUGACAGAUUUUAUUUAUUUCCAGAACAUGAACAAGUAAAAAAAUAUUCCGAAGAAAAAAAAAUAAAAAAAGAAUUCUUAUUCGACGCAAUUAGAACUGAUGAGAAGAAUAAAACCAUUUUUAAUAGCACAAAUUGUACUGAAAUAAACGAAAUCGAGAAAGAAGUUCCUCGAUGGUCAUACAAGUUAAUUGACGAAGUGCAGCAACUGACGGAAAGCUCAGCAGCGGAGGCUGAGAUUCGUUGUGCAAGAGCGGAACGUGUAGUUGUUUUUAGUGCUCAAACAGAGUCACUGGAUUUCCGUAUUAAAAAUAAACAUAAGUCGAAUAUUGAUGACAAUGGGAAUUCGCCUAAAUUGCACCCAGAGACGGAAUUUUCUCUAGUAAAAUAUUCACGCGAACCGGAUUUCAACCGAGGGAUAAUUAAAGGAUCUAUGCGCCCUCAAAGGCGUAAAACAGUUACUUGGAAAUUCUUUCAAAGUAAUGCCCAUUCUCCAACUUUUUUGGAGAUAAUAGAUGACUACCCGUUCUUUUUUGGUGAGCUUUAUGAUGAUAUAUUGCAAUAUUGGAAAGAAUAUUUCAGGAAACCUGGUACGGACAAUUCGGAAUUUUUGGCUUUUCAGAAAAGGAUGGAACACAAACACAAAGAGGAAAACAAAGACGAGGCUGAAAGCAGACUUAACGAAAUAGAAGAAUCCUGGGAAAGCAUUUUAUAUGGUCUAAGAAUUAGAAGUUUUGUAUUACUAUUCCAAUCAAAUCUUAGAAAAUAUAUUAUAUUACCUUCAUUGAUAAUAACGAAAAAUAUCAUUCGUAUCCUUUUAUUGCAAGACCCCGAAUGGUUAGAAGAUAUUAGCGAUUGGAGAAAAGAAGUGCAUAUAAAAUGCACCUAUCAGGGCGUUCCAGUAUCUGACAAGAAAUUGCCAAAAGACUGGUUUUAUGACGGUAUUCAGAUAAGGAUCUUAUCUCCUUUUGUUCUGAAACCUUGGCACAAAUCUAAGGUACGAUCUACUGAAAAAACAGAAGAUCCACUGAAAAAAAAAAAAAGAUCGACUAAAAAAAAAAACUUAUGGUUUUUAACAGCUUAUGGAACACAAAUAGAAUCGUACCUUGAUUAUCAUGUCCCAAAUCCAUUUGCAUUUUUGGGUCCCAUUUUUAAAAAAAUAACAAAAUACUGGAAAAAAGAUUUGAAAAAGCGUUUUUUUCUAGUUGCAGAUGUUUUGCAUCAAGGAAAAGACUGGUUUCGAACCAUGUUAGAAAACAUAGAAAAGUUUAAGAUGGAAAGUUUUCUUAAAAGUUGUCUAUUUGGGGUGCAAAAAAGCGAUGAAUUAACUGAAGAAAGUACAACAAAUUCAAUAAUAAGUACGAAUAGCCCAAUGAUUGGGGAAUCACCCGUUAUAAUUGAAUCUAUCAAUUUGACAAAUUCUUCAUUCACAGAAACAAGGAUAAAAGAUCUUAAUGUUAAAACAACCAGAAUAAUAAAACAAAUAGAAAAAAUGACAGAAGAAAUGACAGAAGAAAACAAAGAGGAGAUUAUAACUUCAGAGAAAAAUUUGAAUUCGAACAAACUAACUUAUGAUGGUAAAAGAUUAGAAUUACAAAAAAAUCUUUUCCAAAUAUUAAAAAGAAGAACUGUUCGAUUAAUCCGUAAAUCCUAUUCUUUUUUACAAAUUUUCAUGAAAAGGAUAUACAUAGAUAUCCUUUUAUAUAUCAUUAGUAUUCCUAGGAUCCAUGGACAACGUUUUCUCGAUUUUCUUGAAUCAAUUUUCAAUGUAAAUAAAUCUAUUUCCAAUAAAAAACAAAAUGAACAAACAUUUGAUAAAAAAAAUCCAAUUCCUCUUAUGUCGAGUAUAGACAAAUAUUGCAAUAUUACGAAUCUAAAUUCAGAGAAUUCUUGUGACGUACCUUAUUUGUCACAAGGAUAUGUAUUUUCUAAAUUAGCACAAAUCCAAGUUAGUAAUGAAUAUAAGUAUAAGUUCAGGUCUAUUUUUGAAUCUCAUGAACAUGAAAGAUCUAUUUUUCUUAAGGAUGAAAUAAAGAAUUAUUUUUCGAGAAUACGGGCAAUAUCCGAUUCUAAAUUAGGACAUAAUAAACUUCGCGAUUCUGCAAUGAAUCAAUGGACAAGUUGGUUAAAGAUUCAUUAUCAAUAUGAUUUACCUCUGAACAUAUGGUCGAAAUUAGGAUCAAAAAAAUGGAGAAAUAAAAUCAAUGAACAUCGUGUGGCUCAAAAUAAAGAUUUAAUUGAAUAUGAUUCAUAUGGAAAAAGUCAAUUAAGUCUUUACACAAAACAACAAGUAGACUUAUUAGAAAAAAAAAAAAAAACUCAAAAACAAUAUAGAUAUGAUCUUUUCUCUUAUCAAUUUCUGAAUUAUGUAGAUAAUAAAAAAGCAUCUAUUUUUGGAUAUAGACCACCAUUGCAAGCAAACAAAAACCAAGCGAUUUCUUAUAAUUACAACACGUCUAAAAACGAAUUAUUUGCUACAAUAAGCAAUAUCUGUAUCAAAAAUUAUAUAGUAAAAGAUGAUAUUAAUGAUAUAGUAAAAGAUGAUAUUAAUGAUAUAGUAGAAGAUGAUAUUAAUGAUAUAGUAGAAGAUGAUAUUAAUGAUAUAGUAGAAGAUGAUAUUAGAGAUAUAGUAGAAGAUGAUAUUAGAGAAAAAAAAAAAAAUCUGGAGAGAAAGUAUUUAAGGAGGAUAAGGGAUGUAAAAAUCAAGAAAAAGACCAUACGGAAACGGAAACCGAAUCCGAGAUCUUGGUUCUUUUCAAAAUUAAAUAUAUUAUAUAAUGCAUAUAAGAAGAAUCCUUGGAUCGUACCAAGAAAAUCACUUUUUUUGCAGUUUUAUGGAAAAGAAGUAAAAGGCGUUACUAAUGACUUAGCGUUAGGAACUAAAGAAUACGCGAGUGGAAAAGAUCUUAACUUAUCUCUCUCAAGGUUUUUUGGAAAAACAAACGAUGAAACUUUGGUAAAUCGAACCCAAAAGGAUAUAAAGGCAGAACGAGAUUUCUUACUAGACAAAUAUUUGGGUUUUUAUUUAAACUGUGAUACUGAUUUCCAAGAAAGCAUGAUGAAUAAUAUCAACUUCUAUUGUCUCCUAUUUAGAUUGAAAAAAAUGAAAAAAUUUUUUAUAAAGUCUAUUAAACAGGGAGACCUAGAUAUAGAGUCUAUGAUUCUUGUUAAUAAUCCUACGGAUUUCGCUACUACAGAAUGUAGGGACAAUACCGAAUUGUUUGAUAAACUUACGUUUGUUAUUGAACCUGUUCGCGUGUCUAGAAAAAAUUUGGAACAAUUUUUUAUAUAUCAAACCAUAAGUCUACCGUUGAUUCAUAAGAGUAGGCGCGAUAUUUUAAAAAGAAACUCGAAUAAAAGUCGUGUUGAUCAAAAGAUAAGAAAAAAUAAAGAUAAAAAUCAUUAUGAUUUGCUUGUUCCUGAAAAUCUUUUUUCCACUAGACGCCGUAGAGAAUUGAGAAUUCUAAUUUCUUUGAAUUCUAGAAAGGCUUUGCAUAGAAAGAGAAAAAAUUACAAUGAGAAUAAAAUAAAUAAUUUUUCUCAAGUUUUGGCUAAAAAUAACGAUUUUGAUAGCGAAACAAAAAAACUAAUGAAUUUGAAAUUAUUUCUUUGGCCAAAUUAUCGAUUAGAAGAUUUAGCUUGUAUGAAUCGCUAUUGGUUUGAUACCCAUAAUGGAAGUCGUUUCAGUCUAUUAAGGAUACGUAUGUAUCCUCGAUUGAAAAUUUGA